UCUUGUGACUUGGUUAUGUCAAAAACAAUUCAUGACGUUAUAUUCGACUUUUCAAAAGUUAAACUACCUUUCACUUGGCCGGCAAAGAAAACUAUUCGUGAUAUCCUGACUUUGAAACCAAAAGACCCAGUAGCGAUUGAAUUAGUUAGUAAAGACUGUCGUUUGACAGUUUUCAAAAAAAAUGACCCUAAACGCCGUGAUGAAUGCUCAUGCUCAACUUGAAGAAUCGCGUUUUGUCUUUACGGUCGGUUUAUUAUUCAGUACAAAAAAGCAACUUUUAUACUGCAUCGCAGAUUGUGGUGUAGGCCUUAAAGGAUCACUUAAUCACGCAAUCGUUUCCGAAGCUAAACAAGUUUCAACACGUGCUUGUGCAUUAAAUUUAACUCGCCCUCAAUUCACGUCAAAAGGAAUUCAACGUGGUCAUCAAGGUGUCGGACUUUUCAUCACUUCAGAAUUAUCGCAAAUGAACCAAGGUUACCUCGAAAUUAUUUCUGGAACACAGGAAUAUGAACAAAGUGACAAUACAGUCAUGCGUAUACGUGGUGUUGCAGAAUGGAGAGGGACAAUGGUUCAUGGAGCAAUUAAUCUCGAUAAGGAAUUUAAUUAUCGUCAAGCAAUGAGAUUAUUUUCUGAUCCUUCCAAGCUCUCUAAGGACCGUUUCUUGGUUGCUCAUCUUCACUUGAAUGUAUAUGGAGAACGAACCUUAAGAACGAGAGAACUUUGUGAAGAAAUAAUUCGGGACCUUGAACUUUCUGUUGAACGUUCACCAAAAAUUAUAUUAGAUUUCAGCGAUAUUGACGAGAUCAGUCAGGCCUUCCGAGGUUUCUUACGACAAUUCGUUGUAAAUAAUAAACAUGUAAAAAUUAUGAUUAUGGUUCCUCCAAAUGCAGACGAAGAUUUGAAAGAAGAUUUACAAGAAUUAGUCGAGCUUGCUGCUCAAAAUUUAGAUGAUGAUUAGAUGAGAUUUUUUUUUUAUUAGAUAAAUAUAUAUACAUUAUAAAAAAAAAUUAUCAUUAAUAAUUUUCUUUUCUCUUUGUAUAAUUUGUAUAAUUUUCAAAAAAAAAAAAGAAAGAAAAAUAGACUAGAACUUUUUAGUAGAUAAUAGAUAUUGAUUAUUUCUUUUUAAAAAAAAGGCGGCGUAAUGAAUGCGCGUGGUUAUAGAAAAAUUUUUUUGGGAUUAUUAUUUCAUUAGAUUUCUUUUUCGUAAUUGUAUCACAUUUAAAAAAAAAAAUUCAAUAUACAUUUAACUCUUUAAAAAAAGCUUCAUUAAAAUUUUCUGUUUUCAAAAAAAAAAAUUUAUUUU